AUGGCGAACCGGUGGUGGACCGGGUCUGUGGGUCUGGAAAAUUCGGGUGACUCGAUUAAAAAACCGGAUCUGGGGUUUUCCAUGAACGACAACGGGGGAGUAGGGGAAGAAGAAGAGGAGAAAGAGAACAGCGAUGAACCCAAAGAGGGAGCGAUUGAAGUGGCUACUACGCGCCGCCCGAGAGGUCGACCACCGGGUUCAAAGAACAAACCGAAACCGCCAAUAUUUGUCACCAGAGACAGCCCUAACGCGCUGCGAAGCCACGUCAUGGAGAUAGCCACCGGAGCUGACAUCACCGACUGCGUGGCGCAGUUUGCAAGACGGCGCCAAAGAGGCGUGUGCAUUCUCAGCGGCAGUGGCAUCGUUGUCAACGUCACGCUCCGGCAACCGACGGCUCCGGGCGCUGUCAUGGCGCUUCACGGCCGGUUCGAUAUACUCUCGCUGACCGGUUCGUUUUUGCCCGGCCCGUCUCCUCCCGGCGCGACCGGUUUAACCAUUUACCUCGCCGGAGGUCAAGGACAGAUCGUCGGCGGCGGGGUGGUAGGUCCCUUGGUGGCGGCGGGACCGGUUUUACUAAUGGCGGCUACGUUUUCGAAUGCAACAUACGAGAGAUUGCCAUUGGAGAAUGAUGAUUUGGAUGGUCAGGGACACGGUGGUGGGUCUCCGCCGGGAAUGGGUGGCGGUGGCGGAGAAGCGUCAUCGUCGAUUCCGGUGUAUGACAAUAAUGGUAAUAAUAAUAAUGUUCCUCCGAAUUUGGGUAUUCCAAAUGGGCAACAUCUGAAUCAUGAAGCUUAUAAUUCUCCUUGGGGUCAUGCUCAUCAUGCCAGUGUUAGACCACCCUUCUAA